UUCAGGUACAUCAAAAACCAACCAAUGCAUAGUAACUUGUGAACUGAACGCUUUAUUGGAGUAAGAGUUGUACACAACUCGGUAAGGACUAUUUCCAGACAUAAAGUGCAAACAAACAUGUCGACCAUAACUGUUCGUGUCGGCCGAGAGGAAAAGGAAAUAUCAGGACUUACAAGGAAAACAACUUGCUCAGAAGUUCUACAAGCUUUGCUCAAAGACAAGCAGACAGAGUGGAACGCAGCCAGGCAAAACGCAGAAGCAAGCACAACGGACGAGCUUGAAUUUAACUUUUCAGCGAAUAAAUCGCUCAAGGAAAUAGCUCAGGGCUUCGUUAUCGUAGAAAACUGGCGCGGUUGUGAAAAGCCUUUACCGCCACGGACACGGAUUUUCGCUGUGUGGCAGGCAUGGGGUAAGGAACAGUGCCAUGUCAAAUUUUCGCUCAAGAAGAGCAAGUGUACCCGAUACCGCGAUGCUCAUCACCACCACCAUAGUACUAGGGCAGAGGGCUCGCCUAGUAGAUGUAAUAACUUGAUUAACAACUUGCCCCAGCGCCACACCGGGGCUGAAUCAGCGCAUUUUCUCGAUAAUCUGUCGCAAGGGCGAAAGAGGCGGAUUCGCAGAAGUAUGAUGCAAUUCCAACGCGCUGUUAUGACGCAGCAGACAAAAGAUGGCGGCGAGGACAAAAACAACAACAAAAGCAUAAGCGCCCACGCUCCAACGAUCGGCAGCAAAGUCGCCACCUCAGCGGGCGACCGGUGCGUCGCGGUCCGGCAGAAGACGACCGAAACCACCGAGGUCACAAUUACCCUUAGUGAGGAGCAAUUUGUGGACGGAGUGAUUACCGGACCGGAUUGCCUCCUGCGGCACACCGACAAAAGCAAGUUUAUCCAAAGUGCGCUGGAUAAUCGAGAUUUUAACCGAGAACACUGUACCUACCGACGCCGUAACCACAGACGAAGGUCCCUCAUGCAAGACGAUGAUGACGACGACGAUUCGGACGCAUUGUCCGACCAGAACGUCCAGUUAUCAGGAAGCCGCAGAGACCGCAAUGUUGGACAUUACCCCUAUUGCCAAAAUUCCCGACGAAGAUCAAGAUCCUCAAGCCAAAGGAAGCGUCGACAUAGAAGAGACAGUCGGCACCGGCACGGGAGAGUAGGAAAGUCUCGUAGAUCUAGAAGACACGCAUACAGGUACAGCACUGAUGAUACUACGACCACCACGUCCACGGGUACGACGAGUACGGGAUCGGACGCCGAGAUUGACUCCCACAGCGCAGGCGAAGAUGCCGACGACGAAAAGUCUAUCAUGGCGGAGUUCGGGAGUGCUGUUUCCCGCCAGAAGGCGGUUUCGUUCGCUACCGCUAUGUUGCAAUGCACAGAUAGCUACAGCAGUGGUACGACUACUACCACUACCGCUACGGACUCGAGCAGCGGUACGACGACAUGUAGCGAGACUUCGAACACGAGCGGUAGUAGCAUAAGCGGGACGAGCAGCAGCGAAACAUCUAGUGGUACCGACUACUUAGAGAGCUACCUCAGGGCUAAACGUGCCUCUCCAGCAGUUGCGGUCGCACCAGCAACAUCAAGCAAGCCGGAAAAGCAGAAGAAUAGCGGAGCGGCGAAGUUAUUUAGGAAAGUAACUGGACCAGGGUUAACCAAGCCAGCUCAGAGCUUAAUUGGUACUUUCCGCAAGAAGAGGCGAGCACCGCAACCCCCCGUAGCAAAAGCUUCGUCAUCCGCUGGCAAGAGUCCAGCACCGAGCCAACCGUCAUCGGGUAAAGGUUCCAAGCGAAGUGUAACAUUUGCUGCUGUACCAAACAGCCGCAAGGAGCAAUCCGCAAAACCAGCACCGUCCGAAGAAAGUCUGAAGACCACCCUGCCUGCAGACACGGAUACUGGAGUAACGAAGCCGGAGAACAAGGCCCUGUCUGCUGCCGAAAAGAACAAGUCUACAGAUAGCGAAGAAACAGUCGCAAAGGAAUUGGAAGAAUUAAAACAGCUAAUCAUCACACAAGAACGAGUUCUUCUUGACCAAAAGAAAAAGGUAACAACAGCCGAUGCGGAUAUUGAAAGAAUUGAGGCGGACGUACACCGGUAUAGGAUACGAGCACAUGGGAAAAACUAUGUUCAGGACACGUAUCUAUCCGGUAUGGGCGACACCACCGACCCGAAUAGCCGGGAAGGCGGCGAACUUGGAGUUCCUUCGAACCGAGUUUCAUCUCUCAGGCCCCCACAGUGGGUCAGUGACACUAGAGACACGAAAGCACUCGCCAUGUACGUGGCAGCGUGUGAAAAAGUCGUCGAGAUGCAACUCAAGAUUGAGGAGUACAAGCGGAAGUCCGAGAUCGUCCUCCAAGAGAUGCAGGACGAGGUGUGGAGAGCGUCCAGCAAUCCUACCGGAGAGCAAAAGAAUCCUCUCACGGCUGCUGCAUCCGCUCUUGGACUUGUUUCUACCAAAAACGCCGGCGAUUCAAGCGACGAAGAGUCGGAUACACGUCUUGCAUCUCUUUCUGUGUCAUCCGGAAAGGGAAAGAGCCUUCCUCAAAAAGAGGUACCGGUGGUAUCACAGCCAGCGCAAAAGGACGGCCUCUCUACCGCAGAGUCAACUCUAGAACUUGAGAAGUCAAGAACCGAAUUGGAAGCUAAUCUUUACUUAAGUUUGAGGCUUUCAUCUGAACUGGAAGAGAUGGAACAUCGGGCUUUAAUCUCUCAAAGACAUAUUCAGGCGAAGGGUGAAGCACUCUUAAACCUAGUACGAGAACUGGCGGCCUCUCCCGAAGGAAUCUCACCAGAGCUAUGGGAAGAAUACGGAGAACUCCUUACUGCGUAUGACAACGAAAUCUCGCUGCAAAGAUACCUUGCUGCGUGUGCGCAGGCAGACCCCAAUAGCCCAGCCUUCGCUCCAGAAAAUGGGGUACACACACCGCAAGAAAAUGACCCUCUUUCGCCGGCAACGUCGGCACUUCAUCACGCACUUUCACCCUGGCUAUGGUGCGAGCACUGCAAGAUGGAGUUGCAGCAACAACAAAACGGACUUCAAACUCCACCUAUAUCCCCGCACUGGUUCAGCCACGGCGACGUCCCCGCAAAUUUCUCAGAGCUGCCUUUACCAUCCCCAGCGCCAGUUCCAGCAGCCGCUGCACCUUUACCGUCGCCCAGUCGGUCAACGGCGUCAGUAACCGCCCUGCUUCCCAUGCCCCCAAUCCCGGAUUACCGCAGCGAUUGCGAGUACGAGGAGUUGUCAGACGCUGCUGAUAACAACAAUGCUACCUCGACCAUAAUUUCAACAGAAGAUGCCAUUCCACGAGGCAUCAUACUACGUCACCCAGCAACCCGACGACCGUCACCCCAGACACGGGUAAUCGAAGCGCCGUUCACAGCUGAACUAAAGGAUUAUCUCUCCGUCACCCGAAACAACAAUGCAAACAACACUGACGAUUCCGGCAAUGCGUCAGCGGGAAGCACGAGUAGCUUUGCCAGCAGCGACAGCACAGAUAUGGGUAGUCGAAAUAGCAGUUGCGACGGCGGAAGUCCCAGACCCCUUCCUUCCGUCGGGACCGAAAGCCAAGACUCGGCCACGUCCUCGCCUGCGUUUUUCUCACGCGGAAAUGUAAAGCGUGGAAGUUGUCGCAACAGAUUCGUUUUCCCUCCACAGUUAAAAGUGACGCAAGACGACCACUUAAAAGCAUCUUCCCGUAUGUCACCACGAUCGCCAUCGAGAGCGAACGUACCGAAAAAUCGCCCCAGCUUUGCUUCAAAACCUGCGCUUGCCCUUAUUCCAGGCACAAUUGCUUCUGCGCCGGUCUCACCGGCAGACUUGCGCAUUAUUAGCAUGAACAAGGACGAACAGGAUCGUCUUGCCCAGCAGCAGAAACUCAUUCGACGAAACAGCGGCCAACGCAGGAAACCAAACCCGGUGCUUUUGGAAAAGCAACAAAACGAACAGUUCGGCAAACGGGGUGGUAGUUUCGGCAAGGGAGCUCUUCCCAGCCAUCUUAGCGGAAUCCUUAAAAAGCCGAUCGUAUACAACUCCCACUGCGAUGUACGACAGAGCGAACCAUUGAAGCGUGUAGCCCUUCACAACGGUGGAGAAAUAAAGGGAAAGGGCGGGAAGCAUUGCCCUUCUCCGCUCAACCUUCUCUCGGCAGCGGGGGUUGGUCCUGCCCACCAUAGAUCCCCGGCAUCGGCGCCCUGCUCUCCCUUUGUCACUGGUAACCCUCGUAAUUUAACGCGUGGGCAAAGGCGACCUAACAUUCAAUCCGUGACCGGUGGCGUACGAAAAGUUGAAGCGCCGUGCGAUAACGAUUCGGAUACAGGCCUAAGUUCACUACAUAGUACUGAUUCGGACUUAAUUAUGUAUUCCGAGACACUAGUGUAGCGAUCAGCACUUCACAACUACUUCCAUCUAUUCUCUUUCAUAUUGUUUAUUUUUCCAACCCAAAUCUUAAUUUAAGCUUUUGCAUUUUGCGCCCAUGCUUGCAUUUCUUGCCCUUUAUCGUUUGUCACACCACAUGAGCGUAUUCUUUUUGCUUUCCCAGCACAGUAUUCAGUUUAAGCGGAGUUCUAAAGCUGGCAGUGCUACAUACAUUAGUUAACACGAUUACCUCGCCCAUGUAACUUCUCGCGUAUUUUUCUACUCUUGGCAAUCAUGGCCCAUUCAUUUCGCGUUGUUUUAAGAUGAAUUAACAUUCGUUUUAUUUUCCUUCAGCGACAAGAGUGUUACUGUCUUUGCGCCAAUUCGUUUUACAUUCACCUUUUCCUGUUGUAUAUCUAGUUUAGGGCGGUACCGUCCAGUUCCAUCGCGGUUUUAUUUUCGCCCCCAUGAUUUUCCCAGAAAUUAAAUCGUCCAUGUUUGCAUUACACGACCGUCCCGUGAUAAUAAAUGAACAAAACGAAA